AUGCUAAUAUCUAUGCUGGCAUGCAUUAGAAUGGAUGGUCCAGCUCCAUUGCUCGCCCUCCUCAAUACGCGAUGGACUGCUUCCGAGAUGUCAGGUGCACUUGAGAGCGAAGAUAGAAAUUCACAAACAAUCGUAAUUGCUGGGCCAGGGUUUGAAUCAAUAGCAAAGGAGGUUGCAUCGAUGCUUGGGCAUCGAGCUUUUCCCCUCUUACUUCCAAUCGUUUCGAGUGGCUUUCUAGAGCACGAGUUUGCGAAUGAAGUGAGACAUUCAAGACAACAAUCAUCAUUUCCAGCCGAAGACUAUGCGACCCAGUUUUCCUUUUCUGACAAGGAUGCACUGAUAAUAUUCACCUCUGGUACCACUGGUGGUUCGAAGGGAGUAAGACUGAGCCACCGUGCAAUUGUUGUUCAGUCAUUCGCAAAGCUUGGUGAUCCUUGCAACUAUUCUCAAGAAACCACGAUGCUUGCGUCCACCGUUCCAUUGUUUCACAUUGGUGGGAUAAGUAGCUGCUUUUCGGUUCUUUUCGCUGGCGGAAAGCUCGUAUUCCCACGUUUAACAAUGCGUAGUGCUUUCAAUGUCAAUGCCACUCGACGAUCCCUCAUGAAUUCACAGGCACCUGCAAACACAUUGGUUGUUGUUCCUGCAAUGUUGGUCUCGAUAUUGCAGCAUUCAGACCCACCACAAAGUUUUCCACAUGUUAGACUAAUCUUGAUUGGAGGUCAAUCUGCUCCAAAUCGAAUGAUAGCUCAGCUCGAAGAGACAUUUCCUAAUGCCUCGAUCAUUCAAACCUACGCGUGUACUGAAGCAGCUUCAUCUCUAACCUUUCUUCAGAUCAAACAGUCGGGAAAGAAAGCUCUGCCCUCCAAAAAAAAUGAGAAUCAAGAACUGAACGGCGAUUGUGUCGGGGUACCUCCACCUCACGUUUCAAUCCGGCUGUACAAUACCUCAGAAAGAGCAAAAAAAAUAAUCAAUCUACCGUACCAAGUGGGUGUGAUUGCGACUCUGGGUCCACACGUAAUGAAUGGAUACUGGAAUCGAGGAAAGCAACAAAAGAACCUUGAGGGCUGGUUGUUGACCAGCGACUUGGGGUUUUACGACAACCAAGGUCGACUAUAUUUCAGUGGUAGACUGAAGGAUAUUAUUCGUUCUGGCGGCGAAACAGUAUUAGCGAACGAAGUAGAGCGGAUACUCUUGAAGCAUUCCUCGAUUUCGGAAUGUGCUGUCUUUCCUUGUCAGGACGAAAAGUUUGGCGAGGCGGUUGCUUGUGCUUUGGUUACAAGCAGCCCUAUGAAGCUUGAAGAGAUCCGUGACUGGUGCAGUGAAGGAGGACUUGCAACUUAUAAGCGCCCAAGAUACUUGUUUCUCCUGCGUGCUUUGCCGAGAAACUCUUCUGGAAAGAUCCUCAAGAAUAAGCUGGUAGCCCGAUACGGGAGAAUACGACCUAGUAAACUGUAG